AUGGCUUUACAAAAUUCUGAUAGAAAUCGCAUUGAUCAAGUCAUUCAAAAUCUCACAAAGAAUUUAAAAGAUUUCUCUGAAAUUUUAUUGAAUUCUAGCGAGUUUGCUGGCUCUGAGGCUUCCUCCUCAAAUGCUGCUAGCAACGGCUCCGCCGCUUCCGCCUCUUCUGAGAAGCCAAAAAAGAAGAAGGUCGAAAAGGAUCCCAAUGCCCCCAAGAGAAACUUGAGUAGCUACAUGCUCUACUCCCAAUCUGUCCGUCCUGACGUCGUCAAGCAGAACCCUUCUGUUCGCCCUGUUGAUAUUGCAAAGAUCAUUGGUGAGAAGUGGAACGCUUUGAGUGAUAAGGAAAAGCAACCCUUUGUCAAGGCUGCCGAGAAGGAAAAGGCAAGAUACGAUAAAGAGACAAAGACCUACAAGGCUACCUUGGGGGAGCCUGCUGAAUCUACACCAGCCAAGCGUAAGGCUGAACAACCUAUUGCUGAGCCCGUUCCCGAGAAGACCGAGAAGAGGGAGAAGAAAAAGUCAAAGAAAUCAUCCCAUGAGUCUAGCGACGGCAAGAAGAAAUCCCACAAGAAGAAAUAA